AGCAGGAAUCAGAUGCGCGUUACUGGAGGCGGAGAGAUUGGGAGGAGUGAGACCAUACACCCUCAUCAUCCUCCGCCAAGUCAAGCGAAGCAGAAAAUGCUCCCAGGGUGAGCUCAGCCCGGUAAGAGCGACGCCGAUGCCCCGGUCCUCGCGAGUGGAGCGAUCGCUCACCUGUGGACAUGUAUCAAGGUGUAACGAUGACCGCAAACCACGGACCCGCGUCUUACGAGCCCGGGUUCCUGCAUAACGCCGCGGCUUCGCCGGUGUACGUGACACCCACCCGGGUCACCUCGAUGAUCCCGGCGCUGCCGUACCUCCAGACGCCGCAGCAGAGCAGCCCGGUGUCCGCGCACUCGGGAUGGGCGCAGGCGGGCGAAGCCUCUUACAGCUCCACCGGCGGCCAGCAUCACUCUCCGGUCUCCAGGUUCCCGUUCUCCACGAGCACUCCGCUGAGCUCCGGGGUCGCGGCGGCGCGGGAGACGGUGAGUUACUCCGGCCCGCUGAACAUCUCCGCCGGCGGGAGAGAGCACUACGGCUCGCGCGGUCUGAGCGGAUCCUAUCACGGCGGAUACCCGUCUUACAUGAGCCCCAACAUCGGAGGCUCUUGGGCGGCGUCGCACUUUGACAGCUCCGUGCUGCACAGCCUCCAGAGCGGCGGAGCCCCCGGGACAACGCGCCACCACAGUCUGGAGCUGCUGGAUGAUUUGGCUGAGGGUCGUGAGUGUGUGAACUGCGGGGCGAUAGCUACUCCUCUGUGGCGGCGGGACGGGACGGGUCAUUAUCUGUGUAACGCCUGCGGUCUCUAUAACAAGAUGAACGGGAUCAACCGGCCGCUCAUCAAACCUCAGAGACGACUGUCUGCGUCCAGACGGGUUGGUUUGUCCUGCACUAACUGUCAGACGACCACAACCACGCUCUGGAGACGUAACGCAGAAGGAGAGCCGGUCUGCAACGCCUGCGGACUCUACAUGAAACUCCACGGGGUUCCUCGUCCUCCAGCCAUGAAGAAAGAGGGAAUUCAGACGCGCAAACGCAAACCCAAAAACUUCAGCAAGUCCAAACCUGGGUCAUCCGAGGGUCAGACGGCGUCCAGUGCUGUGAACUCCAGUCCCACUGAAGAAGCGCGGCCCAUAAAGACGGAGCCGGACACUUCAUCACUCUACACACACCAACACACACCGGUCUCUGUAUUCCCGUCGUAUCUGGGAACGCCGAGCUCAAGUUCUGCUCUCAAACUUUCUCCAAGUGGAUCUCCCGGCUCCAAAAGCGAAGUGUGGAACAGCUUGAUUCUGGGAUAAGAUCCAGAGAUCCUCCUGUGACGGCGAGCUCGGAGCAGAAGAACCGCCAGAACCAGCGAGCAUCAGUGAUGAAGUGAAGAUGCAGAACUAUCUCCGAUGUGAAGACAAUCAUGAAAAGAUCCUCUCUGUACAGUGAGACCUGAACGCUGUGAUGCACAUCAACAGAUCAGGAGAAAACCCUGGACCUGAUUAUAAACGUGCUGUGAACCGCAGGAACCAAGACCCUUCAGUCCCAGAAGAUCACAAGAACUUUAUAUAACCUGAAUGUUCAUGUGCUCCACUCCUCUUUAAGACAUUGGUUUGAUUCAGUUGGUAUAAAUAGACGUGUUAGAGCAAUAGCUCCAUCCAAGAUCACGAUGAGUUUGUUUCUUCAUCAGGUUUGGAGAAAUGUAGCAUUGCAUCACAGUGAAUGGGUGCCAUCAGAUUUAGAGUACAAACAGCUGAUAAAAACAUCACAAUAAUCCACAGAGAAUACAAAAGAUGAAACAAAUCCAGCAUUAAGAUGUUUCUAACUCAAAUAAAUACUUCUUCCAGUUUUGGUCUUCUCAAGACAUUAACUGAUGGACUGGAGUGACGUGUGGAUUAUUGUGAUGUUUUUAUCAGCUGUUUGUGCUCUCAUUCUGACGGCACCCAUUCACUUCCAUUGGUGACACACUGAUGCAAUUCUACAUUUCUCCAAAUCUGAUGAAGAAACAAACUCAUCCUGAUCUUGCAUGACCUGAGGGUGAACACAUUAACAAAAGUUAUUUUUUUUUGGUGAAUUAUUGCUUUUUUUAAAGCCAUAGUUGUGGCAAGUUUCACACAAAUGAACAACACUUUUCUUAAAAAAAUAUAGUAAUUGGAUUUUGUUGCAAUGUUUUCCUCUCUCGUAGCACUCUGCUGUAUUUUAAUGGAUUAUUCUCUUUUUUCCUUCACACUAUAUCUGCAAGGAAACUUUAAUUUGAUUUUUAUUGUCAUGAUGAACAUUCAUGUUUAUGAGCAGAUAAGAACUUGCAAUAUGUUAUUCCUGCUCACAUUUGACCUGUCCGUUGUCUGCCAAGAAAAUUGAGAUUUGUUGCAGUUUAGGUUUUUAUUGUUGAUGGCAUCUAUUGUGUGUUAGCAGCCAGACUCACCAGCAUUAGUUCACCAACUUCCUGUCUAGAAAACCACUUCCUUGAAACUUUAUAUAAAAAAAUAACCCUCACCACAAAUUUUACUUCCCUUUUAAAUCUAAGAAAAUCUAUUUUCCUGCAACUAAGCGCCUUUAAAUGUAUCUGAUUUUUAAUUCUUAUAUUUAUUUCUAUAUAGAAAACAGGGUUACUGUUGGCCAGCUGACAAACUUGUAAAGUUAAUCUGAACUAAUGCAUCUGAUCUCCUAUUAUACAUCAUUUAUGAUUUUAGACAGUAAAGAAAACAGAGUCAAAAUGUAAUUAUUUUCUUAUAGCAGCAUUCUAUAAUAUGAAAUGUAUAUAACUGUAUGUACGCGAAACAACUCACUCCAUGUUUAACUGUUGUUGUGCCACACAACAUCUGUGUGAAAAUCUGAUUAAACUGUUUGUAAUUUCA